GUAUUGUCAAGUAAAUGGAGGUACCUUUGGACUCAUAUAGACAAUCUUGACUUGGAUGCUGAUGAUUUCCUUGAUCAUAUUGAGAAAUUCGGUCUCCGAUUUUAUGAUCUCUUGAAAAGCGAUUUACCUCGUGUUAAUGCAUGGAUUCGUUAUGCCAUGAGUUGCAACGUUAAGGAGCUUGAGCUCAUCCUCCUAUUGCCAAAUAAGGAGAGAAUUCCUAUUAAGUUGCCGGAUAACUUUUCAAGUUGCGAUUCACUAGUGGCACUAUAUCUGGGAAACGACUUUGUUUUCGAUAUUCCCCCAACAAACAAAUGUUUCCCCAGUUUGAAAGUCCUUCAUGUUGAUGCAAUACGUCCAGAUAGCAAAGACAACUUAGUAUCCGAGUACCGAGCUCUACGAGUGAUGGAAGUUCUCAAUGGAGUUAGAAAUGCCAAGUCUCCAACUCUUUGGGAAAAUACCAUUGCUACUCUCAGCUCUGUUUUUAAUGAUGCUGAUGACUAUUUCCCCGCAUUUCUACAUUUGCUGCAUCUACAAUUGGGGAUUGAUUAUUGCUUUGGAUGGAAAUUAUUGCCGCAUUUCCUAAAAAACUCACCUAUUCUCAAGUCCCUUGUGUUGGAGAAGGAAUAUCCCAUGGACGAAAAGGAUGAGAUGAUGCAAGAAGUUAAUUUUGGGUGGAUUCCACUCGGGUCUGUACCUUAA